CGGCCGCUGAGCUGGUGCGGGUGCUGGCGCACCGGCCAUCACCGCGCGGCCGCGCAGCGGACACAGUGCGCACCGGCCUGCGGCGCCCCACGAGCGGGGCAGUCCACAGAACCGGAGGCCAUGUCCCAUGAAAAGAGUUUCUUGGUGUCUGGGGACAGCUACCCUCCACCCAACCCUGGAUAUCCUGGGGGUCCCCAGGCCCCCAUGCCUCCCUAUGCGCAGCCUCCCUACCCUGGGGCCCCCUACCCACAGCCCUCUUUCCAGCCCUCCCCCUAUGGUCAGCCAGGGUACCCCCACGGCCCCAGCCCCUACCCCCAAGGAGGCUACCCACAGGGCCCCUACCCCCAAGGGGGCUACCCACAGGGGCCCUACCCCCAAGGGGGCUACCCACAGGGGCCGUAUCCGCAGAGCCCCUUUCCCCCCAACCCUUAUGGACAGCCACAGGCCUUCCCAGCACAAGACCCAGACUCACCCCAGCACGGAAACUACCAGGAGGAGGGACCCCCGUCCUACUACGACAACCAAGACUUCCCCGCGGCCAACUGGGAUGACAAGAGCGUCCGGCAGGCCUUCAUUCGCAAGGUGUUCCUGGUGCUGACCCUGCAGCUGUCGGUGACCUUGUCCACGGUGGCCGUGUUCACUUUCGUCGGCAAUGUGAAGAGCUUCGUCCGCGAGAACGUCUGGACCUACUAUGUCUCCUACGCCGUCUUCUUCGUCUCUCUCAUCGUCCUCAGCUGUUGUGGCGAUUUCCGGAGAAAACACCCCUGGAACCUCGUUGCCCUGUCGAUCCUGACCGUCAGCCUAUCCUACAUGGUGGGCAUGAUCGCCAGCUUCUACAACACGGAGGCGGUCAUCAUGGCUGUGGGCAUCACCACAGCUGUGUGCUUCACAGUGGUCAUCUUCUCCAUGCAGACCCGCUACGACUUCACCUCGUGCAUGGGGGUGCUCCUGGUGAGCAUGGUGGUGCUCUUCAUCUUCGCCAUCCUCUGCAUCUUCAUCCGGAAUCGCAUCCUGGAGAUCGUGUACGCCUCGCUGGGCGCCCUGCUCUUCACCUGCUUCCUGGCAGUGGACACUCAGUUGCUGCUGGGGAACAAGCAGCUGUCCCUGAGCCCAGAGGAGUACGUGUUUGCAGCCCUGAACCUGUACACAGACAUCAUCAACAUCUUCCUGUACAUCCUCACCAUCAUCGGCCGUGCCAAGGAGUAGCCUGAGCCGCCAGCUGUCCACGCGCUGCUCGAGGGGCCUGGCUGACUGGACCCUGCCCCUGGCAUGGCGGUGCCAUCUGUACUUCCCCUACCUUUGGUCCCGGGGCUGAGGGAGCCCCUCCCAGCACUCCUGUCCGUACACUGCAGAUACUCCGUUUGGACCGCUCUGGCCACAGCAUGGCCCCUCCAGCCUCCCCCUCCCACCAGGGGCUCCGGGGCUGCGUGUCCGAGCCUUUCCUGUCUACUUGUUGCAUGAAGCCCGUCUGCCAGCCCACUCCAGGGUCUGGGGGGCAACACCAGGUCCCUGGGGAGAGGGAUCGAGCCAAGAGGUGAGGGUGCACGUCUCCCCUCCUGUCCCAGCUCCCCAGCCCAGCAUAGAGUCCCCCCCUUCCCCACCCCACCCUCGAGUGCUGCUCUACCUGGGGAUGUGUGGGGCGGGGUCUUCCCCUUGUGCUGAGCCCUGAGGGCAGAGGACGGCAUGUCUGGGGGAGGAAGCCUUCCUGCCAUCCUGCUGUCACUAAAAUCCCAAUAAAUGGACCUGCUCUCCGCCUUCUCCUUGCUCUUCUCACUGUCACUUGCUCCGCGAGCUGGAGAGGGAGCUGCGGCCACGCCUGCUGCUGGGAGCACAGGACUAACACUGCAGGUUAAUGACAGCGGCUGAUCCUUUGCUCUGCUUCUGCCCCCCCCUGCCUUUUCCUCGCCACCUUCCCAGGCACCCUGUACGGCGUGUGCUAGGACUCCCAGUGGAGGGACAGGGACCCGAGGCUGCCCGAGCUAGCUGAACAGGGUGCCCAGGCCGCGCGCUGGGAAGCGGCAGGGCUGUCUGCCACCUGCUCCCUCUGGACACAGCUCGGCAGGACGGUGGGUCUGGGAGCGGCUCACCUGCUGUCCAGGCCUGAGGGCAGCGGCCCAGGUCACUGCCCCCACCCCCGCUAGCCGUCACGCUCCGCAGGCCCCGGCGGGCCCUCCUGGCUGCUGUGCAGUCCAUCUUGGUAGGGAUUUGGACAAAGGUUCUCUCCCUCCCCAUCUUCCCCACAAGAAACUGCAGACAGGAGCUGCUGCCCAGGCCUGAACCGAGACCAGCAGCUCAGCCAGGCAGACUGCCGUGCGCACACCUCCCUGUGCUUGCUACUUAGCUCCCGCCAUGGGCGCUACGGUGUUACCCACCGGUCAGCCAGCUCCAUGCCCUCCCCAGGGGGCCUGGCUGCCUUGGCCUGGGGCGUGACCCCGAGACCCUCGUCCCCACGACUUUCCAGCCACCUUGGCCUGAGAACCUCUCAAGGCUCCUCCCCACCACCCUGUCAGUCUGCUCAUUUAACUGGGGGCAGCACUUUAGGGCGUGAAAGGGCCCCACAUACCCCAAGCCAGCGCCACCCCAGCGCCCACAGGCACCCCAGCCGAGGCCUGCUCAAAGCUGAGUUUGUCCUCCCCAGACCGGCUCCUGUGCUCCAGAGCAAGCCGUGCUCCUCCCCAGACCGGCUCCUGUGCUCCAGAGCAAGCCGUGCUCCUCCCCUCGGCCUCUCGGGCCUGUCCUCCGCCAGGUCACAUGACCCACCUCCUCAAACCUUUGUCCAGGCACCCUCAGGAUGAAGCCCACACUCCUUAGUCCUGGCUCAGGCCCUGCCUUCUGCCCACUACUGACUCUCCCAGCUGCCUUCCCGCUCAGCCCCUCAGCCCCCAAUCCCGACCUUGCACAACCUGAGCCAAAGCGGGCCCCGCCUCGCAGCACCGUAGCAGUCUGUGGCCUCUCAGCUGGGGCAGGGAGGGGCACUGCCUUCCCGGUGACCACAGCCCUUCCUGGAGUCUACCUCGCUCCCAGGGUGACCCAGGGGCUAACCGCGGUCGCAAGCCUCCAUCGGGGCAGGCCACAGGCCCCUGGUCCUCCACCCCUUUUCCAGUAUUUCCUUGAGCAGGUGCAGUUCCUCAUCCAGGGCCCAGCAAGUGCUGUAAGCAGGCUGACAGGUGAAAAAGGAGCCCCCCGAGAGGUAGCUCGCAGGCUCCCCGGACUUGGCACUGAAGAGGAAAACAACACGGAGUUCACAGAAUAUCCGUCAAGCUGAAGGAGGAGGAGUUCAGGAAUACGGAUGGCACAGACAGUUUUGCUCGGGAGCUUCCCGAGGGAACAGACUCUGGCUGAGAGGGAGAGGCUGGGGCCGGAGGUCUGGGCCUGGGCCAGGAGGCCAGGGAAUCCAGAGCAAAGGGAGAGCGCUCAGGAGGGGGGUCCACUGACAGAAGGUCCCAGAGCGGGUGUGGGGUGAGGACAGGUGAAGGGAGCAGCCAGAGAGGAGCCGUAAGCAAACAGUGGGGCACACAGUCGUCAGCAGACAGCACCCAGCACCCAGCCAGGUCAGACUGGGCGUCUCCAGCAGCUGCUCCUUGCCGUGGGGAGCCCAAGCACCUGACGGUCUGGCUGCUGGGCAACCAGAUAGGUAGAAAGUGCCCAAUUGAUGAAGCUGACGGAGGCACAGCAACCAUGAGGCCAGCAGGGUGAGAAGCAGCACCUCCACCCUGCUCUCUGGGGGCUGGGCAGGUCCUAUCUGCCUGGCCUCGCUAUGUGGGGCUGGCCUGGCAUCGCAGAUAGAGGCCUGGGCACUGCUAGAAGCUGGCCUGGCAUCACAGAUAGAGGCCUUGGCGCUCCGAGCAUGAGCAGCACAGAACAGGAACCUAACAGGAGGCUACUCUGUGACAGUGAGGGAUCAAGGCCCCCUCCAAUCACGUCGGGGCGCAGCAAAGCAGCCGCGGAAGGGCCAAGCGGCUCUCCCUGGCCAGUCCCACUCGAAUUAUCCUCCCCAAUGAGGUGUGCUGAGACACCCAGCCUCAGGACGAACCCCCUUGCUGCCAGCACCCACUCUGCUGUGAGAAGUCCUUCCUGGUGCCCUCUCGCCACAGCUCCCCCUGCUGUGCGCUUGCCCUCCCCCUCGGGGAGCAGUCACCUGACUGGUCCAACCACAGGAUGUCCUGGGGGCGGCAAGGCAGGCCACUGACACAGGGAACUAAAGCCAAAGAAAGCAAAAUUAUUUUCAGUCAACAUUUAUUUACAGACGUCACAAUUAAACCCACUGGUGAUGACACAGGCGUCUGUGAAAAUAUCCGUGUCUCUAGCACAUUCUCCCCCUCUUAAAAACCACAGGGAGGGCUGGUCCUGGACCUCGCCCAGCGCAGGUGCCCUGUGCCCCUGUCUCUGGCUCACCAGGGCCUCGCUCAGAAUCCCUGGACUGGAAGCACCUUCAGGACAGGGGCUGUGACCUGUGAGUUUCCAGCGUUGUGCCUGGAGCCCGGCACACCACAGGUAUCAAAUACGGGGGUGGCCGAUGUGGCGCAGCAGGUUAAGCUGCCCCUUGAAACACAUCCCAAACGGCGGUGCCAGUCCAAGUCUCAGCUCCUCCACGUCCAAUCCAGAUUCCUGCUGACGCAUUCCAGGGGCAGUGGACGAUGGCCCCAGUGCUUGGGCCCCUGCCACCCAGGUGGGAGACCCAGAUGGAGUCUGAGGCUCCUGGCUUCAGCCUGGCCCAGCCCUGGUAGUUGCAGCCAUGUGGGGAACCGCCAGAAGAUAGAAAAUAUUUCUCCCUGUCUCUAUAUCUCUCUCUG